AUGCGCUCGAACUUAAGCACGUUCACCGCGGAUACGGCGAGCCAGCUGGAUGUCCUUGGGCAUGAUGGUGACACGCUUGGCAUGGAUAGCGCACAAGUUGGUGUCUUCGAAAAUAAGACCAACGAGAGCUGGAGAGCAUCACAGCCGACGAUUGGAAACGCAGAUCGUCUUGAAAUCUUGAGCGAUUUCACGGACCAGACGCUGGAACGGCAGUUUGCGGAUGAGCAGCUCGGUCGACUUCUGGUAACGACGGAUCUCACGAAGAGCGACGGUGUACUUGUGACGGCCUUGGUGCCCUCGGAGACGGCGUGCUUGGCGAGCUCUCCGGGAAGGAUCAGUUCGAACAUUACUCGAUUCGCGAGACGAGAUCGUCGAACGCUUGUUGUAGUGCGCCAGACGAGAUGCCUCAGCAGCGAUGCGCUCGAAAACGUCAUUCACGAACGAGUUCAUGAUCGACAUGGCUUUCGAGGAGACACCGGUGUCGGGGUGCACCUGCUUGAGCACACGGUAGAUGUAGACCGAGUAGCUCUCCUUGCGCUUGUGCUUCCUCUUCUUGUCUCCAGUACGGCUGGCCUUCUGGCUCUUCGCGGCUUUCUUGGCUCCCUUGGCGGACGGCUUUGGUGGCAUCGUUGA